AUGGCCUCGCCUUUGGCAGAGCCGGCGCAAACGGAGCCGCAAGUCGUGUUCCGCCCAGGCAAGAAGAGGAAGAUCUACAGACAACGCGCAGAGGAUGAUGAAGAGGCCGCCAAACCUAAGAUCGAGACACCUACAGAGCCAAAGAUCACCGGUGAAGUACAUCCGUCAGAAGCGUCAUCGAAUGUAGCGGAAGAAGAGGGGCUAUCAGUAGCGGAGAUACUAAGGCUGCGCAAUGCGCGCAGGUCGCGACUGCGAGGCGUUGAGUUUCGUCCAGAGCAGGGGCCGAGAGAAGGUGCCGAAGCUGAGAACAAGGAAACGAGCCUUGUACUCAAGAAAGACGCAGCCGAUGGGCCCAAAAGCUCCGAUGCGCUGGUUGGGGGAAUGACCAAGCGCUUUGCGCCACAGACCGGGGCUUCGAGUGGCAAGCAGCCGCUACCUGAUCAACCGGUCAUGCAGGGCAAGCUGCAGGAAAUUGACCUGGGCGAGGAGGUGCGCAUGCGCAAUGUCGCGAUGACUGAUAAAGCACGGAGACAGCUGCAAGGUGAGGAUAUUAUCGAUGAGGAGAGCUCCGGGCGCCCAAAGAAGGUCCGGCUGGGCAAAGACGGCAAGCCCUGGCGACCGAGGAAGAGGCGCGGGAGCGAUGAUAUCAAGCGCGAUCAGCUUGUUGAGGAGUUUUUACGAGAAAACAGACUUGACGUCUAUGAUGUCCCCGCACAACCAAGCCCUAGUGCAACACCUGGAAUGGACGAGGCAGCGGAUGAGAGGAUAGCAGAGGAGUUCCGUCGCGAGUUUAUGGAUGCCAUGACACAGAGACAACAGAGGAAGAAGACAGUGCAGCCUGCUCGACCUGGUGCGAAAGGCAAAGAGGAGGAAGUUCUCAAAGGCCCAAAGCUUGGAGGAAGCAGGAAUGCGAGAGCAGCUAUGCGUGACUUGCUGUUGAAGCAAGAACAGCAGAAGAAGAGAUGA